AGCGGCUGAGGGGUGCGCGCGUGUUCCUGGGCAAGGGGAAACUGGGUCUGGGGUGGGGCCGGUGAAAGCAGUGGCGGUGUCGGGAUCCUGCCUGCUUCUUCUCGGGGCUGAUGCCAGGAAUUAGAUUUACAGUGAAUCCUCCAAGAAAUGGCUACACAACUCAGGCUAUGCUUUACACAACCAGUUUCAGAGACCCUUCAGAAUAAGCACUGAACUUUGAUAUAAUUGAACAAGUCCCAGCAGACUUUUCUCAUCUCCGUUCCGGAAAACUGGUGCUCUGCAAUGGGAUCCGUCGAAAGACACAGCACUUAGAACCCAUUGAAGAGUCACUUGCCUUGGGCAGUUUCAAUGGGAUAAUUUUCCCCUUGAACUCUGUAGAAGAUUUGCUGAGGCCAGUAAGAAAUGCACCGUGAUAGGUGGCUCAGGAUUCUUAGGCCAACACAUGGUGGAGAGGCUGCUGGAGAAAGGCUAUACAGUCAAUGUGUUUGAUAUUCAAAAGGGGUUUGAGAAUGAUAAGGUGCAGUUUUUCCUGGGAGAUCUCUGCAGUAAAAAGGACCUGUUUCCAGCUCUACAAGGUGUGACAGUGGCUUUUCACUGUGCUUCACCAGCACCUUCCAGUGACAACAGGGAUCUGUUUUACAAGGUGAAUUUUAUGGGGACCAAAACAGUCAUUGAAGCCUGCAAAGAAGCUGGGGUUCAGAAACUGGUGUUAACCAGCAGUGCCAGUGUAGUCUUUGAGGGCACAGACAUCAAGAAUGGAACAGAAGACCUCCCUUAUGCAAAGAAGCCCAUUGACUACUACACAGAGACCAAGAUCCUACAGGAGAAGGAAGUGCUAAAUGCUAAUGACCCAGAUGAUAAUUUCUUCACAACUGCCAUUCGCCCUCAUGGGAUAUUUGGUCCCAGGGACCUCCAGUUGGUUCCCAUCCUCAUUCAGGCAGCUAAGAGUGGCAAAAUGAAGUUCAUGAUUGGGGAUGGGAAGAACCUAGUAGACUUUACCUUUGUGGAAAAUGUGGUCCAUGGGCACAUACUAGCUGCAGAGCAUCUUCAUAAAGACUCUCCCCUGUGUGGGAAGGCAUUUCACAUCACAAACGAUGAGCCAGUCCCUUUCUGGUCAUUCAUGUCCCGUAUCUUGACUGGCUUGAACUACAGUGCACCCAAAUACCAAAUCCCCUAUUGGGUGGCAUAUUACUUAGCCCUCUUACUGUCUCUGGUGUUGCUGCUGCUGAGUCCACUCAUCACGAUCAAACCUACCUUCACCCCCAUGCGGGUAGCAUUAGCUGGGACAUUCCAUUACUACAGCUGCAAGAGGGCCAAAAGGUACAUGGGCUACAAGCCAGUGGUGAGCCUGGAUGAAGCAGUGGAGAGGACUAUCCAGAGCUAUUCCCACCUACGCCGGGCCAAGUAAGGAGACCCAGAGGAACCCCUCUAGCUAACACAAGGGCAUUGAAGAGACCCUAAUUCUCUGGACAAAUGAACCUUUCUUCAAGCCUCUCCUAGGGAUAAUGCAUUUCUCUGGAUUGAAGGACUUCAUCCUGUAGUUGUACUAACAGCCUGUACCUCCCUGUGACUGCUUUGUGUGACAACCUGUUCUAAAAUAGCUAUUGGCUGCUACUCUGUUUGAAUAAACACCCGAAUGUUUCCUCCUAAAAUAGUGAGCUAGCACAUCCACAUUCCAUCCCCUGCUCUGUCCGACCAUGUCUUCUAUUUCACUGCUUUGGUGACUAUGCCAGCCUUUCCUAAUGGCUGUGGAUUGAGUAACAGAAUAGGCACAGGAGGAAGGGGGUGAGCAAGCUGCUGGACCACCUCUGGUUGUGGAGGACCCCUUGGUACCAGCUUCCUCCUAUUUGUCACCAGAUGAGGCUAUAGUGGGGCCCCCUCCACUGGUUCCCUAGAAUGAUGCUACAGCACAUAAGGAGCUGUUAAAGAGGGUUGCCGCCAACCUGGGCCUCCAGGCGGAGGACUUAGAGGAGCCCGCAGACUCUCUCUAUGAUAUUAUCUGCCCCUUAGCCCCAGCCAGGAUAGCUUUUGCCUUAUAUGAGGGGGUCACGAAAAUUACAAAUGCCCUCUGGUAAGUCCCUCCCUCCUUGCCUCCGAUCUCCAAGUGAUUUGGUCCGCUUGCAUAAGGGCUUGUUAUGAGCUGGCAGGGGAUUUGGGUCCCCGGUCACUCAGUGAAAACUGAUAAUCAGAGUCCACUUGCCUAGAGUGCAGGCAUCCUUGGUGGCCUUCCUGGCACGUGUUCUGAUCCAGGACAUCUGUAAAGCCAUGAUGUGAUCCUCGGCACACGUUUGCUGCGCACUAUGUCAUCACGCAGCAGGCCAAGGACGAUGCUGGGUUCGGCAGAGCUGUUUGCAGACUACAUGUUCAUGAACUCCAUGGGUAGUGCUUGGAAUCACAUAAGUUGAAUGGACAUGAGCAAUCACUCGAAGAAAAGACAGUUCCCUUUUUCCGUAACUAGUGUUCUUUGAGAUGUUACUCAUGUCUAUUCAACGACUCCACCUCCUUCCCCACUGUUGGAAUUUUUGGCAAGAAGGAACUGAGGGUAGAGGAAGCCGCCGGCAGCCUAUAUGGCAUAGCAUAUGUGCGCCACUCCAAGGGGCGCCAGAGCUGGUCCCCUAUGGAGACUGCUGAGGGAAAAACUUCUGGCACUGGUGCAUGUGGCGAGCACACCCCCUAAGUUGAAUGAGCAACACAUCUCGAAGAACACCAGUUAUGGAAAAAGGUAACUGUCUUUUGCAACCCCCAAGAGUGUGAAAUUUAAAGUUUGGAUUCAAGACCACAAUCCUUUGGCAACGAGUGGCCUCUGUGACAUGCUAUACUGCCUGAGUAGACAAGACGGUGCUGAAACCUCUUGGGUCCAUAUCCUGCCUCUAGCUUCAGUUGGAACCAGGUGCCAUCUUGGGUUUUUCCUGUAACCAGAAUAUGCCAUGACACUGCUAAACCACAGUUGCCAUUACUCAUUUCUGUACUGCAUGGUCCUGCAGAGAGCAUAAUGAGAAAACAAGCUUCUCUCCUCAAAGCUUACACCUAAAUUAAACUUUUUUGCCAUUAUCUGCCUCUCUGCCCUCCCUGCCUAUCCAAUUCUGUGUUGGUUCUCUGCCAACUUGUAUCCUACCACAAUGGAAUGCACCUGCAAUCGUGAGGUCAUGCCACUUUAGGGUGCGGGUUUUGACACCCUGACUUUGUGAAAGGCCCAUAAUGCUUCCUGUGCUAAAGUGUGUUGGGAUAUGUAAGGGUUAAGUAAAGACCUGGGAAACUGCUGGUGUGCUAGCAUGGUAGUAGGAAGUAAAGGCACAGACAGGCACCUUUUCUUCACUUGACAGAUAAAGUUGCCAUCCCUUUCCCUUCCCUUCUGUUUGUUAAGGAUAGAUAAGCAUUGUAGUUGCAUAAGGAAUGUGAUUAUCUGAAGGAUACCCUUUGUGUAAAGAAGUGUUCUCCCCCAUCCCUUCCUUUCCCAGCUACAUAAAUGAGCUCGGAAUCAUGGCCUAUUUCUCCCUCCCCUGUGAACUGCUGAUUUAAGGGAACAUGUGGCUACAAUUACUGCAAAGAAAUGUCUUCAAUGUAAAAA